GGACUCUUGGCAUUCUUGGUUCUCUCUACCGGUGCCCCGAUGCGUCGAGACCCGAGCAGCAACCGGGAGGACCAGAGGUGCUUCCUGAUGAUUUCGGGCUGCCGUGCUGCAUGUCUUCAGCAGGCAGCUAGUUUUACAAUUGUCCUUCUCUGUCAGGAAAUCCCGUUGCCCAUCACUCCUCCACUUCCUUGGACGAUGGGUCCCCCUAAGCUGCAUCGAGAAAUCCACGAGCCCCCCUUCUUUCCCCCUUGUAUGGUCCUGCGAGCCCGGAUGGCUAAUUGGACGUGCUCCACCUGGUGGGAGCCGUUGUUGGCCGCGGCCGAGAUUACAAUGACGGGGGCCCUUCCCGCGCAUUAUGCCUCAACCAUAUUUCGAAAUAAUGUCUUCGUCAUCGACCAACACGGUGGACCGCAGAGAGCGAGCCCAGGUCCGCAGGGCCACCCAUAUCCACUCCUCUCUGCCUCACGACGGGGGGGGGGAGGGGGGGGCAAGGGAAAAUUGCCCAUGCAUGCCUCGCUGUACCUAGAUGAGCUUGCUUCUUCGCCUCAAGAUUAAGGUUGUGGACUGGGUUCGACACCACCGUGCUGAUCGCCAUCAUCCGCCCCUCCUCUCCCCUCUCUGUUGUACCAAGUAAUACUACGUACACAUGUUUGUUUUACACCAUGCGGCCCAGGCCAGCAUCGUCA